AUGCCGUACAGAGAUCAGACAAAGCCCUACUAUUUACCUGUGUUGUUGAAUCCGCUGCUAAAUGCGGUUUUCAAUUGUCCGACGCCUCAAACCUCGCCAUUGAAGAAGGUCUUUUCUCGAAUACGACAUCGAAAGUUCAUUUUGAUUGCUCCCAGCACUGAAGUGCUCAAUGAGUAUGAGGACCUCGAGAGUGGCUCGUCUUUGCAAGACUUGUGCUACUCCAAUGAAUUUGUGGCAGAUCAUAUCCUCUUUCUGGACGGAAGAGAGGAGAUGGGAGUGGACGACUACAAGACAUUGAGUGGAAAAACGGUACUCCUGCGUAAUCAGCAAGCAGUUAUCUUCACGGGUGAUGGUUUCGGUACCCGCAGACGAUGUCGAAUGAUGGAGGCACAAGUUCUAACCAAUUUCAAUGACUAUCUAGAAGGCUCCAGAACUUAUCCAGUAAUAUACGUUGAUAUUCCCUUUGUAGGCCGCUUGGCCCGAUGCGAUGAAUGGCAAAUCAUCAAAACUUCAUUCCCAAUAGCCCCCAAGGCGAGCGUAAAGAAUAAGGAAACAAGCAUGCUUGCGGCCGCAGAUCUCAUUUCUUUUGAGCAAAUGCUCCGCAUCAACCCAUCCCACGCAGAGAAACUGAAAGAUAUUUUUGAUAUACAACGAAAAACCUUGGCCAGCUCAAGCUUUAAAGCUGAUUCGCUUGCAUCGGAUUUCAUCACAACUUGCGCAAAGGCCGCCAAAGUUGUCGAGCCCGAUGUCACAUUUAGGAAUUUGCCUGAUCUACGAAUGCAUAUCCAUGAGUAUGUUGAGUUAAACUUAUAUGACGACUUCUGGGCGCAGCUCACUAACUCGAUGAGGGGGUCUGAAAUCGAGAGUCUAAGUGACUACAAAGUCCUCAAAAAUAUAUCAAUAUCCCAACUCCCCUCCUUUCUCUUCCCUCAGCAUGAUGCUAAAUUUGACAUGCGAUACGUCACUCAAGUUGAGAAGAACUUAGAAGAAGCCGUAAACUGCUUUAAGAAAUUGUCUCUUACAAAUUGCCAUUCAGCCAAGGCCCGUGUAAUCGUCGAGACCCUACAGACUCUCUCAAGGACCAUUACAGUGGAUGAUAAAAUUGUUACAAUUGAUGCAGACACUUUGGUCAGUCUUUUGGUUGUAACUGUAUGUCGGGCUGAAGUCAGGGAUCUGAAAAGUCAUUCUUUUUACUUGCAGGAGUUCGCAAAGAGCUCUGCCCAAAUUACAUUUGGCAUAUUAGCGUACGGGAUGUCUACGUUGGAAGGAGUUCUUUCAUAUUUCGAGAACCCUGAAAAGCUUCACUUACUGGAAAGGAAUUGCGAGAUGAAUCUGAGGUUUUGGUCAUGCUUAUCAAGUGCCACUUUGGAUUCAGACGUAGCCUCCUUUCCUCAUCUAGACAAGGCAUUGACCAUAAGGACAGCAGCAGGACAGUCAGCGCUUUCUUAUUGUGUUCAGAAUAAAAACUUUGAAGCAUUCGAGCUCAUUGCCACAAAUUAUGAGAAUCUCUUCCCUUUAGAGGACAUACUAUAUGACGAAAAUGUUGAUGGCUCAAAUCUUGUAAUACAAAUGCUCGAUAGCGGCUGUUAUGGACUUGCUGGUACCUUGGUUGAAAUGUUAUGCAAAAGUUGCACAAGAGAGGAAUUGGCUCGCUUUCUCAAUAAACCCAAUCGCUAUGGGCGUAUUUCGGGUCACUACAUCAUGCAUUCGCCACAACUGAUAUCUAAGGUAGGCGCUUUACUUGAUUGGGAAAAGCAAGAUUGCAAUGGCCAUACACCUUUAUUUGUCAUCAUCAGAGCCUACGAUCAGCCUAAUUAUGAACAAAUGAUAUCAGAUGCAUACACACAAGCUAGACGCUGGUGUAAGCUACAAAACAGGUCCUUUCAGCCCUUAAAACACAGUGAUAGAAAAGGGAACACUCUACUACACAUAAUAAAAAUAAAAGCUUCGGUUCUGAUUGCAGAUCCUCUUGCAAAUUUGAACGCAACCAACAAGAAAGGACUUACUCCAUUGAUGGUUUAUGCAAAAUAUAACCGCAUAGAAAAUGUCAAGGAUAUUAUCAAGGAUAACCGCCUAGUGGUAGACAAGUUUCAAGAGGGAUUAUAUCUGACCUCUUUUGAUUAUGUCAAAAAUCCAGCUGUUUUGGUUGAACUCGGUAGAACUUCAUCGUACAAAGGAUCACAGUUCGCACCGUCGAUAUAUGCACGAAGUAUAAAGUGCGAACAUGAUGACUGGGUUCUUUGGAUGACUUGUAAGCGUGAUACAGAUGCAUCUACGUUCGCAAUGAAAAGGCCAUUGAGGUUUAUCCAAAAUUUCAUGUUACUCUUUAUAAAAGCCUAUCCAAGAACCUUUGUGCCAGUCGAAAAUAUUGUGGAAGAGCUGCGAGAUCUUUCGAGAGUCAAGAUCAUCAACAUCAAUAGAUUAGCAACUCAACUUUUGCUGAAAAAAGUAUCAAUUGCCCUCAGCCUCAUGAUCCAAGAAAAUGGUUUUGAAGAGUCAUUUUACAGCUCUAACUUAAAUCUGAGCCUUGGCCCUGGUUGUAGAGAGUCACAUACUAGUGAUGGUGAUUCCAUCGAACCUGAAGAAAUGACAAGUAUUCAAAAAGUCUUGAAAUUUAAUCGAUCAGAAUUGAUGUCAGUUCGAGCUUUAGCGUUAACGCUGAAGAAGAUAGCGAUUUUUGGAGAUCUCAAGGGAUUUGAUAUGAAUAAGUCUGACACUAUGUUCUGUGGGAAGACAAACAAUGUUUUCAACUCAUAUCAAUUACAGCAAAGUGCACCGUUAGUCGUCGAUCUCUCGAGUAAAAGUUCAGACUUCGGCUCAUUGACUGCAAACGUCACCUUUCUUCAAAUAUGUACGGAAGCUCUCAUUACUAACAUUGAGAAGGCAUUGAGUGUCGACAUCUCAAAUUGGUGGCACACGUAUGGUGAAUUAGCUGCUUUACGUCAUGAGUAUCAAAGAAAUUUCCCAGGAAAUGUUAGACCUAACAUAUCCGCAAGCGGGGGUUUGUUUGCUUCAUACAUCGAAACAAAGAGGACGAAACUAGAACAAUCCAUCUCCAAAAAAAUCCAGCACAGCUCCGACCACUUGUUACAUUUAGCCAAGUGCGUUAGGAAGGAGAAUGAGCAGCUAGCGGUUGAGGUGAAUAAAUACCUCACUUUCAAAAACGAAUUCUGGGUCUUUAUGACCGUCAAGGAACAUGCGGAAUCAAACAUCAAAGUGCUGCAGGAACGGCUGAUAUGUUUGAAAGAAGGUCUCAACAAGUUAAACGAAACGUCCUUCAAUGAACCUGUAAAUACUUUACAUACCGCGACUUAA